AUUAUGAGAGAUGUUCCCAACUUUCUGUCCUUUCCAUGACAUUUAUUACUGUUUCUGCCGCUGUACAAUACAUCUGCCCCACAACUCAGUCUCUCUCUACUACGUCUACUAGGAUAAGUAGCAUGGACGUAACUCAGAAGAGAGCCUGUGACCUGGUGGAUUUCAGGUGUAAGAAAGGGAAUUUGUGAGCGGAUGAAAGCAAGAUAGAGGAGCAAGUCAGCCACAUGUAUAAUAUUGGCCUUUGUGGAGCUUUUUUGUUCAUCGUGGCUCCGUCUGGUGGAGGAACAGCUGCUCUGGAGUGUCGCAAAGUCGAUUGUCCAGACUCAGGUCACAUUUAAAAAGAUCCAAUCUGAAUCGGAUUUGGACCACAUAUGAAAGUGGCACAAAUCCAAACUCGAAAAGAUCAGAUUCCAUGUGAUUUGGCCUGUUCAUACUGUUGUAAAAACAUCAGAUCUGAGUCACAUAUAAGCAAAAAAAUCUGAUUUGGGUCACUUUGGCUUGCAGUCAGAUCAUAGACUUAGAUGCAUGCGUGUCAUUUAUGUAUGUGUGUGUGUCUGUAGUAUCGGAGUGUGGAAAGUGGUGGCAAAGUUCCACAGCAAACCACAGCUGAGCUACUCUGCAGAGUUUGAGGUCAAAGAAUAUGUGCUCCCCAGUUUUGAGGUUAAACUGAUACCUGUGGGUACCUUCUUCUACGUGGACAGUGAAGACUUCACCGUCGACAUCAAAGCUAAGUAUCUGUUUGGUGAAAAAGUGGAUGGGACAGCAUACGGGGUAUUUGGGGUUAUGCAUGAGGGUCAAAAACAUAGCUUUCCCAGCUCUCUUCAGAGAGUGCCGAUUCAGGGAGGUAACGGAGCUGUCAAACUGAAGAGAGAGCACAUCACACAGACCUUCCCAAACAUCCUUGACCUGGUGGGGAGCUCCAUAUUUGUAGCUGUUGGUGUGAUGACAGAGAGCGGUAGUGAAAUGGUGGAGGCAGAGUUGAGAGCUAUCCGGAUUGUCACAUCACCUUACACCAUCCACUUCAAGAGAACAUCCAAAUAUUUCAAACCAGGAAUGUCCUUUGAUGUUACGAUUGAAGUUGUGAAUCCUGAUGGCACUCCGGCACAACGUGUUAUAGUGGUGGUGAAUCCGGGGGAGGUGCAGGGCGUCACUGAAGCCAAUGGCAUGGCAAGGCUUUCCAUCAAUACAGAAGAAAAUCCUAAACCUCAGACAGUCACAGCAAAGACCAAUGAUCCUACUAUUUCAUCUGAAAGGCAAGCAUCAGCCAAUAUGACAGCCCUGCCAUACAGCACUAAGAGCAACAGUUACAUCCACAUAGGUGUGGAUACAGCUGAAGUAACAUUAGGAGAAAACCUGAAAAUCAGCCUCAACCUCAACAGGCAGGACAAUUCUCCAAAUGACAUCACAUACCUGAUCCUGAGCAGAGGUCAGCUGGUGAAAUAUGGCCGUUACAAGACAAAAGGUCAAGUACUGAUAUCCACAAUAGUCAUUGUUACCAAAAAUAUGCUGCCAUCGUUCCGUAUCAUUGCCUACUACCAUACAAAUGAUAACGAAGUGGUUUCAGACUCUGUUUGGGUGGAUGCAAAGGACUCCUGCAUGGGCUCGUUGAAGCUUGAAUCAUCAUCACCUUCUUCAUCCUAUGAGCCUCGCAAGAUGUUUCGUCUGAAGGUCACAGGAGAUCCCGGAGCCACAGUGGGACUGGUGGCAGUUGACAAAGGGGUCUACAUCCUAAACAACAAGCACCACCUCAACCAGAAAAAGGUGUGGGACAUGGUAGAGACAUAUGACACAGGCUGCACACCAGGUGGAGGGAAGGACGGUAUGAGUGUGUUCUACGAUGCUGGGCUGUUGUUUGAGUCCAACAAGGCUUCUGGGACUCCUUACAGACAAGAAUUGAAAUGUCCGACUCCCAGCAGGAGGAAACGAGCUACUACUAUAAUGGACGUUACCACCAGCUUAGUCAGUCAAUAUGAAGACCAACUGCAACGUGACUGUUGUUUGGAUGGCAUGAGGGACACCCCAGUUUCAUACACCUGUGAGAGGCGCAGUGAGUACAUCACGGACAGUGCAGCCUGUGUGGAGGCCUUCCUGCACUGCUGCAAGGAGAUGGAAAGCCAGCGAGCUGAGAGGAAAGAGGAAAACCUCCAACUGGCUCGCAGUCAUGAGGAUGACAAUUAUAUGGAGAGCAAUGAAAUUGUGUCUCGCACCAAGUUCCCUGAAAGUUGGCUAUGGACAGAUAUCAUACUGCCUCAUUGUCCUGGUGGAAGACUGGACUGUGACACCACAUCAGCUGAGAAAGAAUUUCCCUUGCAAGACUCAAUCACAACCUGGCAGUUCAUUGGCAUUAGUCUGUCAAGAACUCACGGUAUCUGUGUGGCUGAACCAUUAGAAGUAAUUGUCCGGAAGGACUUUUUCAUUGAGCUCAAGCUGCCAUAUGCUGCUGUCCGUGGAGAGCAGCUUGAAAUCAAGGCAGUCCUCUACAACUACAGCCCUGAUUCUGCCACAGUGCGUGUGGAUCUGAUUGAGGAGGCUCAUGUGUGCAGUGCAGCCUCUAAACGGGGAAAGUAUCGUCAGGAGGUCAAAAUUGGGCGCCAAACCACACGAUCUGUACCGUUCAUCAUUAUUCCCACAAGGGAGGGAAAAUACCGCAUUGAGGUCAAAGCAGCUGUUAAAGACUCAUUACUCACUGAUGGAAUCGUGAAGAUGCUGCAGGUGGUGCCUGAAGGUUUACUGGUUAAAUCUCCUCAGAUUGUGACUUUAGACCCUGCAAAAAAUGGUGUAGAUGGUAAACAAGUUGAAAUUUUGAACAGUGGAAUUCCUAACAAAGAGUUUGUUCCGAACACUCCUACUAGCACACAGAUCUCUGUGACAGGAAGAAAGCAAAAUGUGCUGAAGAAUGAAAUUAGUGGGAACUCUACAGUUAGUCUGAUCUACCAGCCCUCAGGCUGUGGAGAGGAGAACAUGAUCCACAUGACCCUGCCUGUCAUUGCAACCACGUAUUUGGACAAAACCAAACAGUGGGAACCUGUGGACAUUGAGAGACGUUCAGAAGCCCUCCAACACAUCUACACCGGUUACCAGAAUCAGCUUGCUUACCAAAAAACUGAUGGAUCCUUUGCUGCACAUCCUGAUCACCAAAGCAGCACCUGGCUGACGGCCUAUGUUAUCAAGGUGUUUGCCAUGGCCAACAAUCUGGUGGCAGGGCCAAUCAACAACAUCUGUGAUGCUGUGAAGUUUAUGAUUCUCAACACACAGCAAUCUAAUGGCAUGUUUAGAGAAGUUGGAACGGUGGCUCAUGAAGGGAUGAUUGGUGAUGUGUUCGGCACAGAUUCAGAUGCCUCAAUGACGGCCUUCUGCCUCAUUGCCAUGCAGGAGUCACGCACACAGUGUGCUGCCACUGUUAAUAGUCUGCCAGGCAGUAUAGACAAAGCAGUGGCCUACCUGGAGAGGCGUCUGCCCAGCCUCAUUAACCCAUAUGCUGUUACAAUAACAUCAUAUGCCCUGGCCAAUGAAAACAAACUGAACCAGGAGAUCCUCUUCAAGUUUGCUUCCCCAGAGUUGUCCCACUGGCAGGUACCUAGGGGACGUGUUUACACACUGGAGGCCACAGCUUACGCUCUUCUUGCUCUGGUCAAGACCAAGGCCUUUGAAGAAGCAAGACCUGUUGUGAGAUGGUUCAACAAACAGCAGAGAGUGGGUGGAGGCUAUGGAUCAACUCAGGCUACUAUAAUAGUGUACCAGGCUAUAGCCGAGUACUGGGCCAGUGAGAAAGGACCAGAGUUUGAUCUGAAUGUGGACAUCUUGUUGCCAGGCAGGUCAAAACCUGACAAGUACAACUUCAACAGCGACAACCACUAUGCCACAAGAACAUCUAAAAUUAAUGUUAUAAACCGGAAUGUGAAAGUGACUGCCACAGGCACAGGAGAAGCAACACUGACAGUAAGUUAAAUAUAUUGCUUGAUGAUCUGUUGUUAUUGAUGUAUACCUUUUGAAUCUCAAGUCAGGGUAAUUAUUAUAUAAAUCUAUAAU